AUGCCAGAAGAGCCUGACCCCCGAGAUGAUUCUCUUCCCUCUGAGUCCUUAAUGGGGAAUGGGGAGGGGCGAUCAAGUGAAGAGAGCGCUGAAAAGAAUCGAGUCCCCUCUGAUACUCUCCGCCGUGCCCCCCAUAUUGUGAUCCUGGCCCUGCUCUAUGCAGUGGUUGCGAUAUUUUCCUGGGCAGUUCUCUGCAUACUGACCCAUCGUCCCAUCGGGGCUCGAAGUUACCAACCCAAUCUUGGCUCCAAAACCGAGUUGGAAGAUUAUUUGGACGGUGCAAAAGGCAGUUUCGGCACAACCGAGCGUCUUCUUCGGGCUUGCCGAGUGUGCCAAUCGCUGGCUUCGGUUCUAACCAUCCCGUUGACUUCCAUGGUCUGCUCGUGCGCAGCAGUGGCCUUUCUCCAGCGGCGAGCCAAACAAAGCUGGCAUGCCCCGACAUUAAGGCAGUCUAUGGUAUUGGCUGAUAAAGGUUGGAGUGACCCGGUGCUCAUCGCAAAAAUCAUUGCUGGCGGGUGGAAGCGAUAUGGCUCCAUCUUUCUCGUCUUCGCCUUGGUACUAAACCUUAUUGGCGCUUCUAUCGCGCCGUUUCAGGGUUUAUUUGUAUCAUACAAGUCGAUUAAAGUUCCUACCAAAAUGAGCUCCAUGGACUUAAUUGACUUGGAAAAAUGGAUAACUUGGGCGGCGGACCCAAUCCAUGAUAACGAUGUGGCUGAACCCGCAACAAAGCUCAGGUCCCGACUGAUCUCAGCCAGCAAUUCAGACCCUCAGUUCAGGCUUUGGUCUAGGGGGGAUGGGUGCACGAACUCUACUGAUAAUUCAAGUCCGACAUGUAACAAGUCUGGCCAGUCCACGUUCGGAAUCAUGCCCAAUAUCAAUGAUCCUUUCUGGGCGCAGCCCCCGGUCGGGUUCCAGACUGGGUUAUGGCAGCAGUUUGCUCCUCGAGUUAACUUCACGACCAAGUAUGACAAGAUUUUAGAGGAUGAUUUCCCAAAGGACUGCAGACAUGAGCCAGGCGCGUUGUUCAUUCACUACGAGAACAUGACUGAUAUCGGUGGCUAUAUUGUCGAUAUCUGCAUGCCAGGUGACCAGAAACAGUCCCCAUGGAAAGCUACUCGCAAAAGACAGGAUUUUAGCGAGGAGUUAUACGUCAAAAUGACUCUGGAAUGGAAGGGGGAAGAUGCUGAAAACGCACCGGGGGAAUAUCUAUCAUUUGCUCCGGGCAAAUACUCUUUCAAAGUCACACUCAACACCACGGCAGGCUACUUUGAGCUUCCAAAUUACGAAAAUGGCCAGCUACCUGGCCCACUUCUCGAUGAUCCAGACAAUGGUCAAGAGAAUACUUGCGGCGCACAGUGCAGGUUACAAUCUCAGACAGCCUCAAAUUAUCAGAAGAAGCGAUACUUUGUCGGGCCGGUGACCAACAGUACCGAAGUAGCCCUGGCAAAUCUUACUGAAUCUCUCUCAUCAGUAGUAAGCAAGGGCCCUCUUUUAUUUACCACUCUGGCUCUAUUCACCACGGGAUCAUAUCUCGACAUUGAACAUACAGCUGCUCAAGCCUAUCACAACGGAGGGCCAGAUGAGUGGGGUGGAUGUAUCGAUAUACCACCCCUCGUCCAACUACUCCAUGGAGAAGACGACAAGCGCGUCUCACUGGACAUAGAUCCGUGCAUUGAUGGUUCUAAUACAAAGGGACAUGGACUCCUCAAGCUGGUAGCUGACUAUAUCUGGCUAUUCUCUGCCGAAGAACAAGCCUAUUAUUUCAAUUACAUCAUCUCACCUUCUGCAAAGCACAUAGAGAAUGCUUUCACGGCAGCAGCAUUCAUGGCCGUCGACGAGUGGAUGCAAUAUGGUUCUACGUGGAGUGAUCUGGACACAAGUGGUUCACUGAACUGGGAUUUGGGCGUCGACCAACAAGUCCCAAGUAUACCUCAUGCCGGGGUGGUGCUUAUAUCCAUCUUGCUAGCACUCUAUCUUCUUUGCAUACUAGGGCUUUCGCUGUACGCCGCGUGGACGCCGCGAUGGACCAACCAGCUUGACUCGUUUGCAAUGAUGCGUAUAGGUUCGGCGGCGCCAGACCGUUUCCCACUACGCCUAGCGCAUAGUUCAGACGAAGUCAAUGAUCUUGACCAGCUGCCCGGGUGGAUAGGAAGCACCACAGGCGUGGAGACAGACAACACUUGCAUAAGCGAGUUGGGUCUUGGAGGCGAAACAGCUCUGGAGGGGAAGAAAAGGUAUCGGUGCUAUGCAGGUGGGGAGCGCAGCUAG